UGAUAUCAAGGCCAGCCUGCACCCUAUUCAAGUUGAACAGGAAUUUUCUCGUGGACACUGAUAAGUGCGCUGGCAUAUCUCCGCUGUGGACAAUGUGCGCCGCAGUGACUGUGGACCUUGGCGUUCAACGCCCUUUUUAUCCCGGACCACAAUCCACAUAUGGAUCAUCUUGGUAUAUAAGGUGCGUCUCAACAUAAAUUUAUACAUCAUCUAACCAGCUUCACACCCUUCUUUCCCAUCAUGCAAGCUACUUCCCCAUUUCCGUUUGGGAAUCUUUCGACGGAGCUCGUCCUUCUCAUCUUUGCACACGCCGCGAGACCUACUUUCGUCAAAACUAGCGACGAUGUACCAAAGAAUCCAUAUGCAUCCGCCCUCUCACUAUGCCGCGUCUCCAAAGUUGUCAGACGCACAGUCCUUCCCGAACUUCUACGCACAAUAUUGCUCCCGGAAUACAACAAUGUAACGGCUUUCGUCCGUGCUCUACGCAUGCAGCAAAUAUUCUCUCUACAAGAAAAUGACCUCCGUUUCGAUUACGCUGGUCGCAUAGACAGGAUUUGGUUUGGACAAAUCUGCGAACCUCCCCCACAAGCUCCCGUGCAUAGCAGCUUUGCCUCAUCCACCACGUCUGAGCGUGAUGUUGACUUCAGCCUACUGGCGCCGGUGGUGCUAUCCGCACCCUCCCUCGCACUAGACUUUGAAAGUCUGUGGCUUCUCUAUGGCUGCCUCGAGUCCGCAUGGAGUUCCCAUGUCAACACGAACGACCCAGUCCGUGUUCCUCCACCUUGGCGCAUCAAAAAUUUGACGUUAGUGGGAGAAUUCAAUCGAUGGCGCCCUCUCACAAGCACUGCCGAGGGAUCCGCUUUCCUCGCAUCCAUUUCUCGCCUAUCCUUCCUCUCCCCCGCAAGAGCACAAACUCAUCUACUCCCUACCUAUGAUCUCUGCUUUGACGAUUUAGAAUAUCGGAAAUACCCACUGCCUGAGUGGAUGACAAGCGUCCCAUGGGAAUCGUUCAAACACCUUCAAACAGUUUCGCUGGUGCUGCCGCGAAUCGUGCUCACGGUCGCUGCCAAGACGUGUCUGAGCGAGGAGAACGUGGAUGUCGAAUUGUUGACGUUGUUCGAUCCCCCACGCUCGGCCUACUGGGAGCCCAAGGACAUAAGCGCUUACAUCGAGAGUGGGGAAGGGCGUGUUGUGUCCAUCGGUGUUCGUACCAAGUUAGGGUAUUCUCCCAUCCAGUUCACUGUUUUCUUUGAUUGGGAGGAAGCUUGGACAUGCGGGCUACUUAAGUAGUACCUGAAGAAGUUGUUCUCAUCCAUAUUUGUUGAGUUUUUACUUCGUUCACACGUAGGCUAUUUCCAGGAUGAAGGCUUCAAUCUUUUUCCUUCGUCAUGCCCAGCCUUUGCGCCUCAAUUACUUUCCAGACCGUAUUUGUGCUGAAGGCUCAGGUUUACUUCCAGCCAGCGGUUUUUUGUAGUUAUUUAUUGCAAUAUGUUCUUAUCAAUU